AUGGCACCUCCCAGUAGAACCUGGUUUGGUUUGAGACGGAAAAGUCCAUCAAUACCAGACUCUGAGAUUGCCGAGCUGGGUCGGAAGCUGACGGACGAGAAGCAAGGGAAAGAGCGAAUCUUUGAGGAGCUGACGCGCGCUGGCGCCGAACUGGACGACGCGCAGGAUGAAGGCGCCAGUCUGCGCGCUCAACUAGCUGCUGAGAUGCGGCGGGAUGGGGAGAGGACGGAAAAGGAACUGGCGAGCGCGUGCGCGAGCUUGAACGAGGUGCAAGCAAAGAGUGGCGGUCUUCGAGCGCAGCUCGAGACGCUCGAGUCGAAGCUCGCCGCCAAGGAGAAGGAAAAGCUCGAGGCGGCUUCGAAAGUAGCGGAACUCGAGAGCGCGCUCGAGAGCUCGCGCGGCGCGGCCGCGGCGCUGGAGGCCGCAGCAGAGGCGGGCGCGCGGCGCGCGCGCGAGGGCGACAGGCUCCACUACGUGCUCGCGUGCAAUGGCCAGACGGGCUCCAUCGCACGGAGCGUCAUGGCCUCCGAUCCCGAGUCGCGUCUCUACAAGACGUUCAGCGGGGAGUGGAAUUACGCGCGCGACGAAUCGGGGCGCGCGGUUAUCACGUGCCAUCCGGACCGUUGGUCCGCUGUUCUGGAGCAUCUGACGACGGGGGCGGUUCCGACGGACCGCGAUACGCAGUUGCUAGAGCAGGCACGGUUCUGGAAGUUGCAAAGGCUGACGGCAGCGCUCGAAGCGCUGACGCCAGGAGCGGUGGUCUCAAACGCAGACUCUCAGGGGUUUACGGUGCGGGGUACGUUUGUGUCCGUCAUGAGCGCCUAUGAGCCGCGUCUCCCUUUCGUGACGCCCCGAGUAAUUGUCCAGUAA